AUGGGAAGGUCCCCAUGUUGUGAUGAUAAUGGCCUUAAGAAAGGACCUUGGACUACUGAAGAAGAUCAAAAGCUUGUUGAACACAUUCAACAACAUGGCCAUGGAAGUUGGAGAGCACUCCCUAAUCUAGCAGGUCUUAAUAGAUGUGGAAAGAGUUGUAGGCUAAGGUGGACAAAUUAUUUAAGGCCUGAUAUUAAGAGAGGAAAAUUUUCUCAAGAAGAAGAACAAACAAUUCUUCAUCUUCAUUCAAUCCUCGGAAACAAAUGGUCUGCAAUUGCGACCCAUCUACCUGGAAGAACCGAUAACGAGAUAAAGAAUUUCUGGAACACGCAUUUGAAGAAAAAGUUGAUUCAAAUGGGUUUUGAUCCAAUGACUCACCAACCAAGAACCGAUCUUGUUUCGACUUUGCCAUAUCUAUUAGCUUUAGCAAACAUGACAGAUCUUAUGGAUCAUCAGCAAACAUCAUCAUGGGAUGCAAUGAGUAGUUUACAAGCAGAUGCAGUUCAUGUUGCAAAACUUCAAUGCCUUCAUUAUUUACUCCAAUCUUCAAAUAUUAAUAAUUCAUAUGACCAAAAUGCCAUCAGCAUCACAAACAUGGUUUCACAACAACAACAAGAACAAGAACCUUUAUGUUUGUUAAACUCAAUAUCUAAUGUGAAACAAAACACAAUAAUUGAUGCUGAUAGUACUCAUGCAGCCUCAUUUUCUCAACCACUCCCCCACCAAAGUAUGAUACCUCAACACUUUUUAGACCCACCACAAGUCUCUUUCACUUCACAAUCAUGUUUGAAUAAUAAACAGGGUCAAAAUGGUACUAUUACAAACUUUGCAACACUUGAUGAAACAUCAUGGAUUAAUAAUGUUCCUUGUUCUGCUCCAAUAUCAAUUAUUCCUCCAGAUGCCAGCAGCAGCACUUCUAGCUAUGGAGGAGGAGGAGGAGGACCAUCUGCAACAGCUUAUUGGUCUGAACUUUUUUUUGAGGACCCCAUUAUGCAUGAUUUAUCUUAG